AUGGACAGCUGCGGGUUCCCUCUGGCGACUGUGUUGGUGGACGGGAGGGCAGCAGGGGAGCCGUUCCGGGGGGAAGCCGCGAGCGGGAGCCAGGCUAAGGCGUGGGUGUCCGCCGCCGAGGCCGUGGCCGCCGCCAGCCGUAGCCCCGCCGAUCCCCCCCGCCGCAUCAAGUCCCUGGCCCGGGACGGCAUCCCCCCCGCCCUGCGCGGCCACCUCCGCGGCAUGCUGCACCCGCCGCGGCCGCUGGCCAUGCUGGCCGGCUUCCUGCUGGCUGUCAUGGGCCUGUCGCGGGAGGAGGCGGCCUACUGGACGCUGGCCGGCCUGCUGGCCCACCGCCUGCCCCGCGACUUCUAUGACGCCGACAUGGCCGGCGCGGCGCUAGAGCAGGGCGUCAUGCACAUGCUGCUGCAGGCGCGCCGGCCCGCCGUCUGGGAGCGUGUGGCGGGCAAGCACGCCGGCGUGGGCCCGGGGCCGGGCUGCCAGGCGCGCCCCGACCGCGACUGGGUGGCCUGCCUCUUCAUCAAUGCCCUGCCCCCAGACACGACAGCCCGCGUCUUCGACUGCCUGAUGGUGGAGGGCCGCGACAUGCACGCCGCGGAGGCCAGCGCCGCCGCGCGCCUGGCGCGCCUGGUGGCCCGCAAGGCGCCGUCGGAGGGCGCGGGCGACGCGCGCUCCGCGGCCAGCGCCGCGACCUCCUCCUGCGCUACGCCCCCGACCUCCGCCGACUCGGCGGGGACUGCGGGGGCGGCGGAGGGCGCCUCCCCGCGUCGGACCCAGGCCGCGGCCCUGCGCCUGCUCCUGGCCCGGCCCCAGCUGGUCACCAGGCUGGCGGCCUCGGUGCAGGGCGCCAGGGGGUGA